CCAAAGUGACAAGAGCAGGCCCAUCUUCAGCCACCUCAUCCAGGCCUUAUCAAAGAAGAGUGCUAUAUGAGAUCAAAUGGCUGCCUUUCCCCACAAGAUUAUAUUUUUCCUGAUAUCCUCUACUUUGACACAUAUGGUUUCCUCAGCAAUUUUCAAAAAACACGACUUCACUAAAUGGCCUAAGCCCCCAUGUAAAAUGUAUCAGCCACCGGAACCAUUUUACGAUGUAGACUGCCCUGAUGUAAUAGCACCUGUUUGUGCCUCAAAUGGCCGCACUUUCCAGAAUGAGUGUUACUUUUGUGUGGAGCAGUGGGAAUUUGGUUUUUAUAUAGAAUUUGAAAAAUAUGGAAAAUGUGAUUAAUGGAUAACAGAGGACCUACACUUGCUUAUUCUUUUUUUCUACUUAAUUCAGAAAAGUAUUUCUUUUGGAGUGUGAGGAUGUCAAUUAAAUAACAUCCCUAUGCUGUACUUAAAUGUCGAACAAAGUGGGAGACAAAAAUAAAGGAAUCAAACUAACAAGAACCAAAUAUCACAUUUAUUACAAAUAAACAACAAAAGAGC